UCUUUCCUUUUUUCUUCUGUUUCAGUUAAUUGCUGUGCUUUUGGGUGGGGGCUCCUCACCCUCUUCACAAGUCGUCACCUCUCUCAGAUCCUUCCUUUCCUUCCCAACAUCUUCUCUGCAUGCUUUUCCGCUGCUCUGCAGGUGAACACACUCAUGGUGGAUGCCAAGGGAAGGAACAUGAAAUGUCUGACGUUCUUAUUGAUGCUUCCAGAGUCAGUUAAGAGCAAGUCCAGCAAAGGCUCCAAAAAGGGGAGUCCCAGCAGCUCGUCCAAGCUGCCCCCUGUGUGCUAUGAGAUCAUCACCUUGAAAACUAAGAAGAAGAAGAAGAUGGCAACGGAGAUCUUCCCCACUAUGAAGCCGGCUUCGGCCACCACGGUGCAGCAGUACCAGCAGCAGAACUUGAACAACAACAACACCAUCCAAUGCUGCAACUGGCAGGGUCUCUACUCCACGAUCAGAGAGAGAAAUUCUGUGAUGUUCAAUAAUGAACUGAUGGCUGACGUUCACUUUGUUGUCGGUCAAUCCGGAGGGACUCAGAGGCUCCCGGGACACAAGUAUGUCCUUGCUGUGGGAAGUUCUGUUUUCCAUGCCAUGUUCUAUGGAGAGUUGGCAGAAGACAGCGACGAGAUCCGUAUCCCUGAUGUGGAACCUCCAGCCUUUCUGGCUAUGCUUAAGUACAUUUAUUGUGACGAAAUUGACUUGAGUGCAGACACCGUACUGGCAACAUUAUAUGCAGCCAAAAAGUACAUAGUCCCACACCUGGCUCGGGCCUGCGUCAACUUCUUGGAAACCAGUUUGAGUGCAAAGAAUGCGUGUAUUCUUCUGUCUCAGAGCUGUCUGUUUGAAGAGCCAGACCUAACGCAACGCUGCUGGGAAGUCAUUGACGCUCAGGCUGAGCUGGCACUUAAGUCUGAGGGUUUUUGUGACAUUGACGCUCAGACCUUGGAGAGCAUCCUCAGACGAGAGACUCUGAACGCUAAGGAGAUUGUAGUGUUUGAAGCGGCACUAAGCUGGGCAGAUGCCGAAUGUCAGCGGAGGGAGAUGAACACAAGUAUCGAUAACAAACGCAAGGUAUUGGGCCAAUCCGUCUACCUGAUCCGUAUCCCAACCAUGGGUCUUGAUGAUUUUGCAAACGGUGCAGCGCAAUCAGGAGUGUUAACGCUGAACGAGACCAAUGAUAUUUUCUUGUGGUACACGGCGGCUAAGAAACCCGAGCUGCAGUUUGUCAGCCAACCUCGUAAGGGAUUGACGCCACAGAAGUGCCACCGCUUCCAGUCGUGCGCCUACCGCAGCAACCAGUGGCGUUAUCGCGGACGCUGCGACAGCAUUCAGUUUGCCGUCGAUAAGCGGGUGUUUAUUGCCGGUUUCGGGCUUUACGGCUCAAGCUGCGGAUCUGCUGAGUACACCGCCAAGAUCGAGCUCAAACGGCAAGGGGUCGUCCUGGGAACCAACCUUAGCAAGUACUUUUCAGAUGGAUCCAGCAACACCUUCCCCGCUUGGUUUGAGUAUCCGGUUCAGAUAGAGCCUGACACUUUCUAUACGGCCAGUGUGGUUCUGGAUGGAAAUGAACUCAGUUAUUUUGGACAAGAGGGUAUGACGGAAGUUCAGUGUGGGAAGGUGACCUUCCAGUUUCAGUGCUCUUCUGACAGCACCAACGGCACAGGUGUGCAGGGCGGCCAGAUUCCAGAGCUCGUUUUUUAUGCCUGAGUUUCCCCUGGGAAAACAAAAAACUGCCCACCUUUCCAGAGUGAAAUAGCUUUACAAUAUCCGUUUUUCUAUUACAUGGCAUAAUUCAACUCCUCCAAUGAUGCCAGCUCAAGCAAACUGAGGCAUAGCAGGAAUUACAAGGGUUUUGUUUUGAGCUGUUAGUGGUUUUUCUGGGCUGUCAAACCGUAAACAGUGAAUUAAAUAUUUUAUUUUGUGCUCUGAAUAACGCUGCACCUGUUUACAAAGAAAAUCUAAUUUUAAUGGUAUGGGAGUCGUUGUCUACGCUCCUAAUUGGAUGCCACAGCCAGGCUGUUGCUCAUUAUCUUAAUUGAUUUAAAAUAUCUGAUUCAUUUAAUUUGAGAGGGGACAUUGUGCAUUGUACAGUAUAUUAUUAAAUGUGUGAAGUAAAUUAUAAAUAUAUAUAUAAAUAUACUAUCACUUCAUGGCUACAUCUACUGUUUACAAUGACUACGCCAUGUUAGUGAACGCUUGCACAUGUAUAUUGUAGCAAUAGUGAACACAUUUCUCAUGAUACCAGUCUAACUCCAGCAUUUCUCCACAUCACGAUUCAAGGCAAUCAAAUACCUAACACCAAAGUCACCAUAACUACUUUUUGGUCAGCAUCAUCAAGCACAGAUUGUUUAGAAUAAUGACAUCAUUUAGAUUUAGAAACAUCCCUCCAUUAUAGAAACUUCAAAAUGUUUUGAGCUUGCACUGGAAUAAAAACUUUUCAUUUCAAAGUCUUUAACCCUGCAGUAGACCUUAGUCAAGGUACAUGUUGUAUUUAAUGUUACGAAAAUGAAAACAAGGGACAGAUGUUCUCUUGAACAAGUUAUAAUAUUUUUAAAUUCGACUUUGACAAAAAAAAAGAAUUAGACAUAGCAUAGGGCCUAAAGACAGUACAGGAUUUUGGACUGUACAUCUGUCCCAAACUGUUUUCUUCUCAGAAGAUUAAUAUAGCCUGACUGAGGUUAGUAGAAUCAAAUGUGUACAGUGAAUGUUGUAUUAUAUUCAGCAGAAUCAAAAUCAUAAAUAUUUAUCUUAAAAUAUCUCUGGGUUCUAUGAAACAUGGCUUAUUUGAGUAACACAGUUCACCAGUUUGAAGUCUCUUUCAUGGCGGUUUGGUAAAGUGCACUAAGAAACUAACACAUUACAGUUAAUUCAGCUGAAAUAACAGGUUACAUAUUCACAGCAUCACCAUCACACAAUGUGAUGUUUUGGGAUAUUGUGUCAUCAUUUCCACCUCUAUAAGUGUUGUGUACAUGGCUAAUUAGCAGGAUAAUUAGCUGUCACCCAACAAACCCGUCUUCACGCUACUAAAUGGGAUGUUGUCAACUAACAUUAUAUCACAUUUUUGUAAAGACAAGAUAUUUCAAGCAUUUUAUUUUGUCUGCUUUGGGCUGUAAUUACUGGCAUUGUGUUUUCCCCCCUUUAUUUUCAUUAAGGUGUCAAAGCGGCAAGAGUGCAGAAAUUCUAUUCCGUGUAGAACUUUUAGUGACAGACAUAAUAGCGAUGAGCAGAAGGCAAAUAACUGCUCUUCACACUGAUCUAGAAAUGACCAGUUAAAUUUGAUCAAAACACUGAUAUUAUCUAAUAUCACACACACUUAACAGUCAAUAAAGUGAACAAAACACAAGGGUUAUAUAGAUCACCAAUAAGGUGCACUUUGAAAUGUGCUUUAACAUCAAUGUUUAUACAUGCAAAUCAAUUCAAAUGUGUCACGUUAUGGAUUUUUGUGUGUCGAGAUUUUGUUAACGUCAUGUUUUUAUUUAAGUGAAUUUACCCAUCACAUGAGCUACUUUAAUCUUUGUGCACUACUUAGAAGAGGUCAUUGAUGGUGUUUGCUGUGUGUUUAUAACACUUCAGUGAAUGUGUAUAAAGCAUAUGUGUGUGUGUUACAGUAUAGAGAGACUUAUGAAUGUGUAUGAUAGAUGAACAUGCAAAUAAACCUAACAAGCAGUUCUA